AUGGAUGGCGAGGCGCUAGAUCGGCCGUUCCAUUUCGUGGUUACUGGCCGCUAUAUCGCUGUUCACUACGAUGGCCAGACUUUCGCACUUGAUAGUAACCACCACCUCCGCGGUGACCUGUUUUAUCUAUCUGAUGAUGAGGAAAAGAUAAUAUACAAUGGCGCCUAUAUUGGCCACUUAAAGAGCCAUCCCGACUACCGAGAUGAUAUAUUUUAUAUCUGCCGUGAGGCACAGUAUCUUUCACAGAGCGGAUCGUGGACGGCCAGCAUUGCUGAUGCGCUCAAGGUUGAGAUUAAUCCUAUGAACAUAUUUGACGAUCCUAGCAACAUCAAUAUUCUGACAUCACUCUCUGAUCCCGUUAUCAACGAUCACAAUCCUAUCUCUGCGGAUGGUAUUGAUCUUUAUCACCCCAACGGAUAUUUCUGUCUCUAUCCCCUUACUGGUGACUGUCUCUGGACGGGUGAUGCAGGCGACUUCAAGUCUGAGCUCUUUUUUGGAGGGGAUAUAUACAGCAAUGGACAAAUUUUCCGCCUCUCCGUGAAUGGCGGGAAGACGAGGAUCAGCUCAGGUGACAAGUUCCUUUCUAUCACCCUUGGACCUGACAAGGCGGAGUACCUGCCCGAAGAGUGCCGGGAGCACAAUGCAUGGAGCAAAUGCCCGAAAUGUGCGCAUUGGUACUCCCUUGGCUUUCAAUCUGAACCUCAAGAUUGUUUCACUUUGAUCCCUCGAGGGCUUCCAAGCAUGUUUGUUUUGUACGACGGUGCAUACUAUCAUCGUGUUUCCGUCCUCAAGUCUAGCUAUGCCACGACAGAACGUGUUGAACGCAUAGAGGAUGCAUCGCUGUUCCAGUUCGUCAGUGUGUAA